AUGAUUUCCAACACGUUGUCGCAGAGGCCACACCUUUUGAGGCGGCUAAUCCCUCAGCACCAACAAUGGCUACAGCGAUCCAGAUUUAGUCGCACAAGUCAAAACCUCCAAGAUGUCUUCCACGCGCAGCGAGAAGAUCCGGUGGCCUCGUCGAUUCUCUCCUCGCUAAAGACCUCUCCCCGGGUCCCUCAAACGCUUACAGAAAAGAUCGUGCAGCGCUACGCUGUGGGCUUACCCAAGGACAAAUACGUAAGAUCGGGAGACUAUGUGACAAUUUCACCACACCAUUGCAUGACUCACGACAACUCAUGGCCCGUCGCGAUGAAAUUCAUGUCGAUCGGUGCUUCCAAAGUGAAAGAUCCCAAACAAAUAGUGACAACGCUAGACCAUGACGUUCAGAACCGCUCAGAAGCAAAUUUGAAAAAGUACAGACAAAUCGAAGAGUUUGCUAAGAAGCAGGGGGUUGAUUUCUACCCGGCUGGAAGAGGAAUCGGUCAUCAAAUCAUGGUCGAAGAGGGCUACGCGUGGCCAGGGACAUUAGUGGUUGCGAGUGACAGCCAUACAAAUAUGUACGGUGGACUAGGCUGCCUUGGAACACCUGUAGUGAGAACCGAUGCCGCAAGCAUCUGGGCCACUGGAAGAACUUGGUGGCAAAUCCCACCUGUCGCCAAAGUGACUUUCAACGGGGUACUCCCAGCAGGUGUCACCGGCAAAGACAUCAUUGUUGCGCUCUGUGGGCUCUUUGACAAAGACGAUGUUCUCAACCACGCCAUUGAAUUUACUGGCUCGGAAGAGACUAUGGCUAGUCUACCUAUUGAUUCACGGUUGACCAUUGCGAACAUGACAACGGAGUGGGGAGCUCUCGCUGGACUAUUUCCGGUAGAUCAGAUGCUACAGGGUUGGCUUCGGGCAAAGGCCACCAUGUCUGCUCUUGACGAAUCUGAAGGUCGAACAGGAAACCCGCGAUUCUCCCAUCCCAGACUAGACGAGCUAUUCGAGGCCAAUCUUGUUGCGGACAAAGGAGCCCAAUACGCAAAACAGCUCUACCUCGACCUCAACACUCUUUCUCCAUAUGUGUCAGGACCCAAUUCCGUCAAAGUAGCCACUCCACUUAAUGUUCUUGAGGAGCAAGACAUUAAGGUCAACAGAGCUUACUUGGUCUCAUGUACGAAUUCGCGAGCGUCAGAUCUUGCUGCUGCGGCCAAAGUCUUCAAGGACGCAGCAGCAGCCAAUGGAGGUCGGAUUCCCAAGCUAGCAGAAGGCGUCAAGUUCUAUAUUGCCGCCGCAUCAUUACCUGAACAACAAAUUGCAGAGGACGCGGGCGAUUGGCAGACUCUGAUUGAAGCCGGUGCCAUCAAGCUCCCUGCUGGGUGCGGCCCAUGUAUCGGUUUAGGAUCAGGUCUACUUGAGCCAGGUGAAGUCGGUAUCAGCGCGAGCAACAGAAAUUUCAAAGGACGAAUGGGAAGCCCUGACGCCAAAGCAUAUCUCGCGAGCCCUGAAGUUGUGGCUGCAAGUGCUCUGAGUGGAAAGAUCAGCGGUCCUGGCUGGUACCAGAAGCCAGAGGGUUGGUCUGGGGUGGUCCGAGGUGAGGGUGACGGCAUUAAGGAGGAGGAUCGUAUGAUCACCGCCGAUGAAGCAUUUCAGAAAAUUAUUGACCAACUCGACGGCAUGAUUGAGACAGCAGAACAGACAUUCGGUGAAGAAGAGCAGCCGGUAGUAGAGCAAAGCACGGGCACUACCCAAGUGUACCCAGGAUUUCCGGAGCGAGUGGAAGGGGAGAUCAUCUUCUGUGAUGCCGACAAUAUCAACACAGAUGGAAUCUACCCUGGAAAAUACACCUACCAGGACAAUGUUUCUGUGGAGAAAAUGGCCGAAGUCUGUAUGGAGAAUUAUGACCCGAAAUUCUCAUCUCUGGCAAAGCCUGGAGAUAUUGUGGUGAGCGGCUUUAAUUUCGGGACAGGAAGCAGCCGCGAACAGGCCGCCACUGCUCUCCUAGCGAAGAAGAUCCCUCUGGUUGUAGCAGGCAGUUUUGGCAACAUCUUUUCGAGGAACAGUAUCAACAAUGCUCUCAUGGGUCUCGAAGUUCCCAAGCUUGUACAACGCCUUCGAGAGACCUUCUCAGCGAAGAAGGGUGCGACCGGCACCGAGAUCACAGAGCCUACAGGCAACAAGGAAAGCCAGGAAAGUCUUGACUCACCACCUCCAGCACCGACCAAAGCCAUCGAGCACCAAUUGACCCGGAGAACGGGAUGGACAUUGGUUUGGGAUGUGAAGAAAUCACAGAUUGAAGUCACUGAAGGUCCAGGUGGGAAAAAUUGGACCGAAAAGGUCGGAGAGCUGCCACCUAAUGUGCAGGAGAUCAUCGCCAAAGGAGGUCUCGAGAAGUGGGUCCAGAAAGAGAUCGCAGCAUCAUGA